GGCAGAGGUGCCGUGGCUGCGCUGGCUGGGGGCCGGUGGCCAUGGGGCCGCUGCUGGCUCUGGGGCUGCUCGUGUGCGUGCGGCUGUGCGGGGGCUCCGGGGAGCUGCGUCUGGUGGGCGGCGGCGGGCGCUGUGCCGGGCGCGUGGAGGUGAAGCACGACGGUGAGUGGGGCUCCGUGUGCGCCUUCGACUUCGACUGGGAGGCUCGCUGGGCCGUGGUGGUGUGCCGGCAGCUGGGCUGCGGCCGGGUGGCCAGGGCGUCCCUGCACGCCCCGUUCGGGCCGGGCAGCGGGCGGAUCUGGCUGCAACCCUUCUUCUGCCGCGGCACCGAGGAUGCGCUGGAGCAGUGUUCGCACAUGGGAUGGGGACGGCAUUUCUGCGGCCACGAGUGGGAUGUGGGAGUGACCUGCACAGAUGCCGUGGAGCUGAGGCUGGCGGGCGGCGGCAGUCCCUGUGCCGGGAGGGUGGAGGUGAAGCUGCAGGGACACUGGGGCACGGUGGGAGACCACAGCUGGGACAUGGCGGACGCCGAGGUGGUUUGCCAGCAGCUGGGCUGUGGCUCGGCUUCUAUUGCCUACUACACCCACGAGCGCUUUGGCGUCGGGGACGGGCUCGUCAGCCUGGCCCUGGUGAACUGCAGUGGGGCCGAGGCCACGCUCUGGAACUGCGAGAUCCGCGGCUGGGGACCCUAUAACAGCAGCAUCAAUGUCUCGGACGUUGGCGUUGUCUGCCAAGGCUUUUCCCGGCUGGUUGGUGGCGAUGGAGCCUGUGCCGGGCGGCUGGAAGUGCGUCAGGGCCGGGCCUGGGUCGGUGUCUGCGAGGAUGAGGUGGACAUGAAGGCGGCCCAGGUGGUGUGCAGGGAGCUGGGCUGCGGUGAGGUGAUCGCCAUCGCCGGCAGUGGGCGUUUUGGGGCAGUGUCGGGAUCGCUCUGGGACGGGGGCUUCCGGUGCAAUGGCACCGAGCCCCUCCUGAGUGCCUGUGCCCGGCGUCCGGCCCAGAGGCAGGAGUGCAGCGGCCCUGCCAGCGUCAUCUGCUCCUCCUACACGGGCUUCCGGCUGGGCGACGGCAGCUCGGGAUGCGCCGGGCGAGUGGAGGUGGCAGUGAGGGGGACGUGGGGCUCCGUGUGCGCCAGCGAGUGGGACCUGCCCGAUGCGCACGUCCUGUGCCGGCACCUGGGCUGCGGCCGCGCCUUCAGCGUGCCCCCGGGAGGCUCCUUCGGCAGCGGGGAGGGGCCGCUGCUGCCGGACGCCUUCGGCUGCAGCGGGAGCGAGCGGCACCCGGGCCAGUGCCCCGUGGCCGUGCUGGGGAAGCCGCCCUGUGCCCCCGGAAACGCCGCCGCCGUCAACUGCUCAGGCGCUGUUGAGUCCCUGCGGCUUGUGAAAGGUGAGACCCGCUGCGAGGGGUUUCUGGAGUAUAACACAAGCACCGAGGCCUGGCACCGUGUGCCAGGAGAGGUUUCACUCCUACGGAAUUUGAGCAACGUGUGUUGGAAGCUGGACUGUGGGGAACUGGAGAAGAGUCACGGUGUCCCUGGGGAGGUCUAUCUGAUGCAAGACAACAAGAAUUGGGUCAUCUUGGCAAAUGUGAUCAAAGACAUUGUGCAGAUGACCACUGCUCUGACCAAUAGUACCAUAAGUGACGGUUAUUUUGGGACUGAUUAUGCGUUCAUGACCACUGGACCAGCUGACAUCCCUCAUGGGACCUACCUUGCCUGCUCAGGCAGCCUGCAGGUGAGGCUGGUGGGGAGCUCUGGGCGCUGUGCCGGGCGUGUGGAGGUCUAUUCCGGUGGCAGCUGGAGCUGGGUGUGCCAGGAAGGCUGGGGGCUGCAGGCCGCGGCCGUUGUGUGCCGGGAGCUGGGUUGUGGCACGGCUCUGCAGGCCCCGGGCUGGGCGCGCUUGGGUGCCGGCGCGGGGCCGCUGUGGCCGUACAGCCCCGACUGCUCCGGCUCCGAGGAGUCUCUGUGGGAAUGCGGGCGCACGGAACGGCGCGAGUGCGGGCGCGGCGGCGGGGCAGGGGCCGUCUGCUCAGAGCAGCUCUCCGUGCGGCUGGCAGGGGGCCCUGGGCGCUGCCGGGGCUUCCUGGAGAUGUUCCAGAACAGCACCUGGGGCCGCGUGUGCGCCAACGGCACCAGCAACGGCACCGCCGCCGCCGUCUGCCGCCUGCUGGGCUGUGGGGAACUGGGCGAGCUCUCAGCUGUCACGGCCCAGGAGUCGACCGAGGCCUGGCUGGCCUGGGUGGGCUGUGAGGACGGGGCCCGCUCGCUCUGGCAGUGCCCCUCGGCAGCCUGGCACCUACAGAGCUGCAGGCCAGGCGGGGAUGCCUAUGUGGAGUGUGAGGAGGACAGUGAUGGCACCACUGAGGGACAUACGACCCCAUAUCCGGAGGGUGCCAGCAGCACAGGUGUCCCCAGAAGAAGGCCCCCGGCAGUGGCUGUGGGGUCUGUGCCUGUGCCCACUGUGCUGUGCGUGGUGCUGGGGACGCUGCUGUGCCUGUCCCUGGGUGCCCUGGCCCUGCUGCUGUGCCGUGCCCGUGCCCGGCGCCGAGGCCCUGGCAGAGCUGCAGAUGCCAUCUCCAACGCUGUCUACGAGGAGCUGGAUUACAAAGCCAUGCCUGAGUACCAGGAGGUGCCCACUCCGCCAGGUUCCCUGUUGGAGGGAUGGGUGAAGAAGCUGCCGUAUUACACAGGGGACAGCGUGGAGGGGAGUGACACCGAGGCAGCCCCAGAUCCCCCUGCCUGGCGCGAGCAAGGACCCCCGGAUGGCUACGACGAUGUCCUGGCUGUGCCCCAGGAGCCCCCGGCUGCCAGCAGUGUGGACAUCUCUGAGGGAGUGGCAGGGCAGAGGUGGAGCUGUGUGCUCCCCACAGGUGGGAUCUACUCCCCUCCAGGUCCCCCAGAAGCCAGCAGGGAUCCCUCGGAACAGCCCCCGGGACACAUGGACUAUGAUGAUGUCGGCAGCAGCGCCCUGGGGACGAUGGGAGGUCUCCUGAAGGAGGGCAGCGCCUUCGUGCCCCCCGGCAGCAGCCCGCGGUGGCAGGGCAGCCGGGCCAUGGCCCUGGCCUGCGGCACGUCGUGCUCCAGGAGGUUCCCGAUGUUCAGGCCGGGCUGCAGGGCCCGGAGGGCGUCCAGUUCCUUCCUGCAGCAGGGCCUGGCUGAAUCCGUCCGUGCUCAGCCUGGGCGUGGAGGAGGCAGGAGCAGAGGUGUUGGAGCUUGUGGGGAGGGAGGUGCUGAAGGGGCCGCGGUGCCGGUGCGGCCCUGCCUGUCCCGCAGCCUCCGCUGCCCGCCUCGGGCAUGCCGGGCAUGGAAGGGGCCGGGGCAGGGCCCUGACUCACCCCAGGCUCCUCAGCGGGCAGGCGGGAUGCCGGAGCUGCUGGCAGAGCUGCAGGACGCCCUGGGCUCGCAGCUCGUUGUCACUCAGGUCCAGGCAGCCCGGCACGAGAGUCCGGGAGGUGCCCGUCGUUUGUAUAACAAAGAGCCGGAGAAAGCGGGAUCCCGGCCAGGAUGUGGGCUGGAGCCCGUCCUCGCCAUCAGGGUGGCUCUCGGCAGGCUCCAGCAGCAGCGUUGGAGCCGCGGGGGAUGCAGGAGGGGCCCCCGCAGGGCAGGUGCUGUGGGGGGGCUGUCUCCCCCCGGGGACAUCCGGGUGGCAGCCCACUGUGGCGAGGUGUGUGACGGCAGAGGCGCAGGCGAGGCUCAUAUUUGGGCACGGAGCAGGUUAUUGGAGGCCGCGGCCCCGCAGCCGGGAGAUGAGGCGCCUGAUAAAGGCUGCCCCCCCCCCCCCCCCCCCCGGUGCUGGUGCUGCUGGGUGCAUUGGCUCGGGCGCUGGCAGAGGUGCCGUGGCUGCGCUGGCUGGGGGCCGGUGGCCAUGGGGCCGCUGCUGGCUCUGGGGCUGCUCGUGUGCGUGCGGCUGUGCGGGGGCUCCGCGGAGCUGCGUCUGGUGGGCGGCGGCGGGCGCUGUGCCGGGCGCGUGGAGGUGAAGCACGACGGUGAGUGGGGCUCCGUGUGCGCCUUCGACUUCGACUGGGAGGCUCUGGCAGCGCCACUGGCCGUGGUGGUGUGCCGGCAGCUGGGCUGCGGCCGGGUGGCCAGGGUGUCCCUGCACGCCCCGUUCGGGCCGGGCAGCGGGCGGAUCUGGCUGCAGCCCUUCUUCUGCCGCGGCACCGAGGAUGCGCUGGAGCAGUGUUCGCCCUUGGGAUGGGGACGGCAUUUCUGCGGCCACGAGUGGGAUGUGGGGGUGACCUGCACAGAUGCCGUGGAGCUGAGGCUGGCGGGCGGCGGCAGUCCCUGUGCCGGAAGGGUGGAGGUGAAGCUGCGGGGACACUGGGGCACGGUGGGAGACCACAGCUGGGACAUGGCGGACGCCGAGGUGGUUUGCCAGCAGCUGCGCUGUGGCUCGGCUUCCGGUGCCUUCUUCGCCCUUGAUCGCUUUGGUGUAGGCAUUGGGCCCAUCAGCCUGGCUGGGGUGGAAUGCAGUGGGGACGAGGCCACGCUCUGGGACUGCAAGAUCCAUGGCUGGGGGCCCUAUAACAUUACCAUCCAUGAUUCAGACACUGCCGUAGUCUGCCAAGGCUUUUCCCGGCUGGUUGGUGGCGAUGGAGCCUGUGCCGGGCGGCUGGAGGUGCGUCAGGGCCGGGCCUGGGUCGGUGUCUGUGAGGAUGAGGUGGACAUGAAGGCGGCCCAGGUGGUGUGCAGGGAGCUGGGCUGCGGUGAGGUGAUCGCCAUCGCCGGCAGUGGGCGUUUUGGGGCAGUGUCGGGAUCGCUCUGGGACGGGGGCUUCCGGUGCAAUGGCACCGAGCCCCUCCUGAGUGCCUGUGCCCGGCGUCCGGCCCAGAGGCAGGAGUGCAGCGGCCCUGCCAGCGUCAUCUGCUCCUCCUACACGGGCUUCCGGCUGGGCGACGGCAGCUCGGGAUGCGCCGGGCGAGUGGAGGUGGCAGUGAGGGGGACGUGGGGCUCCGUGUGCGCCAGCGAGUGGGACCUGCCCGAUGCGCACGUCCUGUGCCGGCACCUGGGCUGCGGCCGCGCCUUCAGCGUGCCCCCGGGAGGCUCCUUCGGCAGCGGGGAGGGGCCGCUGCUGCCGGACGCCUUCGGCUGCAGCGGGAGCGAGCGGCACCCGGGCCAGUGCCCCGUGGCCGUGCUGGGGAAGCCGCCCUGUGCCCCCGGAAACGCCGCCGCCGUCAACUGCAGUGGCUUUGUCACGUCCCUGAGGCUGGUGGAUGGUCAGAGCUUGUGUGAUGGGCGCCUGGAGGAGACCAUAACCAGCCCAGCCUGGCGCCGUGUGCCUCUGGAGCAGUGGAACCAAUGGGAUGCGUACAUGGUAUGUGCGGUGCUGGGCUGCGGCCUUCCCAAGGACGUUUACGCUGCCUUGGGUACGGCUCCGGCAUUGAGCAGCAGCCCCAGUGAGGAGGACAUCAUGAGUGAAGAGAUGGGCAGCAGUUUGGGCAUGGGCUCUGCACUGAGCAGCAGCCCUGAGGAGAUGGAUGACCAGCUGGAGGAGAUGGGCAAUGUGUCAGGGAUGGGCCCUGCAGCAAACAGCAGCCUUGAGGAGAUGGUCAUUGUCUGCUCAGGCAGCCUGCGGGUGAGGCUGGUGGGGAGCUCUGGGCGCUGUGCCGGGCGUGUGGAGGUCUAUUCCGGUGGCAGCUGGAGCUGGGUGUGCCAGGAAGGCUGGGGGCUGCAGGCCGCGGCCGUUGUGUGCCGGGAGCUGGGCUGUGGCACGGCUCUGCAGGCCCCGGGCUGGGCGCGCUUGGGUGCCGGCGCGGGGCCGCUGUGGCCGUACAGCCCCGACUGCUCCGGCUCCGAGGAGUCUCUGUGGGAAUGCGGGCGCACGGAACGGCGCGAGUGCGGGCGUGGCGGCGGGGCAGGGGCUGUCUGCUCAGAGCAGCUCUCCGUGCGGCUGGCAGGGGGCCCUGGGCGCUGCCGGGGCUUCCUGGAGAUCUCCUACAACGGCACCUGGGGCCGCGUGUGCGCCAACGGCACCAGCCCCAGCACUGCCAGCACCGUCUGCCGCCAGCUGGGCUGUGGGCAGCGGGGCUGGCUCACAGCUGUCACCGCCCAGGAGCCGACCGAGGCCUGGCUGGCCUGGGUGGGCUGUGAGGACGGGGCCCGCUCACUCUGGCAGUGCCCCUCGGCAGCCUGGCACCUACAGAGCUGCAGGCCAGGCGGGGACACCCAUGUGGAGUGUGAGGAGGACAGUGAUGGCACCACUGAGGGACACACAACCCCAUAUCCGGAGGGUGUCCCCAGAAGAAGGCCCCCGGCAGUGGCUGUGGGGUCUGUGCCUGUGCCCACUGUGCUGUGCGUGGUGCUGGGGACGCUGCUGUGCCUGUCCCUGGGUGCCCUGGCCCUGCUGCUGUGCCGUGCCCGUGCCCGGCGCCGAGGCCCUGGCAGAGCUGCAGAUGCCAUCUCCAACGCUGUCUACGAGGAGCUGGAUUACAAAGCCAUUCCCGAGUACCAGGAGGUGCCCACUCCGCCAGGUUCCCUGUUGGAGGGAUGGGGGAAGAAGCUGCCGUAUUACACAGGGGACAGCGUGGAGGGGAGUGACACCGAGGCAGCCCCAGAUCCCCCUGCCUGGCCCGAGCAAGGACCCCUGGAUGGCUACGAUGAUGUCCUGGAUGUGCCCCAGGAGCCCCCCGCUGCCAGCAGUGGGGACAUCUCCAAGGGAGUGGCAAGGCAGGGGUGGAGCUGUGUGCUCCCCACAGAUGGGAUCUACUCCCCUCCAGGUCCCACAGGAGCCAGCAGGGAGCCCUCGGAACAGCCCCCUGGACACAUGGACUAUGAUGAUGUCGGCAGCAUCGCCCUGGGGACGUUGCCAUGA